UUUUUUUGCUGUUUUCUCUUUUUCUUUUCUUUUUUUGUUUUUAUUGACAGCCUUUACUCUCUCUUGCUAUUUCUCUCUUCUGUCAACGUCGACGACGCCAUUUUUAUUUUUCCCUUCUUUUUCACUCUGGCUGUCAUUAUCCAACAGACUCCAUAUUAUGUAGUCGGUUUUAUCGACGUUUAUAAAAAUUUUUUGGCCUUCUGCCAAUUUGUCGGGAAAUUCUUUUUUUUUCUAAAAGAAAUAUAAAAAAAACACAAAACACAUUAAAUAUAGAAAAUAUGUGAGGGGAUAAAUAUCAGUUUUUGGUAGACAAAAGAAGGAAAGAGAGGGGUGAAUGUUUGGCGGCUGGUAAUAUUUUUUAGUUGUUAGUUAGAGUAAUUUGAAAGGGAGCUGGGAGCGGCAAACACAAAAAUUUUCCCCUUGGACGACGUUUUUUUCCAAUAUUGCUGCUCUCUUUUUUGGGGGAGAACAAACACAGCAACAGCGCUUUAGGGGUCGUCAAUCAAUAAUAGACACACUCUUUGCCUGUCUAUAGAGAGCCCUCUCUCUAUUUUUUCCUCUUAAAAUAAUUUUUUUAUGUUCCCUGUUUUUUUUUCUGAAAAAAAAAAUAUUUUUUAUUUUUUUCUUUUUCCUCAAAAUUUUUCUCUUAAAUUAAUUGAUUUGGCCAAGUUUUUUUUAAAAGAUUUUAUGUGAAAUAUUGAAAUGUGUGGGAAUUAUAGACAAAAUUUUGCCAAGUUUUCCAAAAAUUGAUUUUUCCCUUGUUUUUCUUUUUUAAAUUCACUACAAUCCUUUUUCUAAAUUUGUUAUGGCCGAACCUCGCUUUUACAUAUAUCCCCUUUUAAAAAAUCAUACCUUAUAACGAGGUGUUGAUUUAACAGAGGUGGGAUCGUUGAGGAAACUUCCCUAAACUCAUUAGCCAACUCUUUGACCAAAAACCUUGUUUUUAUAUACCUCCUUGGAGCUUGAAAGACUAGUCUCCUAUAACGAGGUGUAUCUUAAAUAGAGAGUAUCGUUUUGACUGCUCUUCCCGAACCUCAUUUUUGUGUAUUUUCCCCCACCCAGCUCCCUCCUAAUAAUUUUUUAAAGGCGUAUCCUAAAUAGAGGUUUGUUAAUUAGUCUCCUAUAACGAGGUAUCUUAAAUAGAGAGUAUCGUUUAGAUUAGACUGCUCUUCUACUCAACCCCAUUUUUGAGUAUUUUCCCCCACCCAACCCUCUCUCCCACUAAUUUUUAAAGGGCGUAUCCUAAAUAGAGGCUAUUUUAUAUUGGGGGUAUCUUAUAUUGGGGGUUAUUUUAUAAAUCCGACUGAUUUUUUAAUUUUACAAGAAUUUCGAUUCUCGACUAUAAAAUAAUUUUUCCCUUUUUUGUUUGUUUGAAUUAGCCAGUUUUUUCCUUGUUUCAAGUCAACCCCAAAAACUAAAGACCAUUUUUGUUAAUUUUUAUUGGUUCUUUUUUUAGUUUUUUUAAAAUACGUCUGGCCUUUUUUCAAAUAAAUAAAAUCACAAAGUUUUUAUCACAAAAAAUCAAAGAAACAAUUAAGACUAAAAAAGUUUCCAAUAAAUAAAAAUUAUUGGGAAAUCCGGAAGCUUUUUUAAAAAUGUAAUUAAUUUUAUUUAAAAAAAGUGAUAUUUAAUCCCUAGAUUUUAAAUCCAAAAGUAAUAACUUAUUUGAUAAGAACUGGUUAAAAAAAUCUAUUUAAAAUUUAUUUAUAGAUACCUCUAAGGAUUAAUUUAUUUAAUUAAAUAUUUUUAGAAUUUAAGAGAUUUUCAGACAAGAAUUAUUAUAUGAUAGACUCUUGGAGCUAGAAAAAUCGCAUAUUAUAAUGAGUCGGUUCCGGGCCUACGGAACCGAAGAAUGUCCGGUUAUUCGGCUAUUUUCGUUUCGGUUAUCGGUUCCGGAUAUCCGAGGAUUUCCCAGGAAUUGCUAACAUUAAUGAGUUGUAUUCUAAAUAGAGCGCAUUCAUUAUUUGUGUUUUGCUUGCAUAAAGAACACGCGCGUCUUGAGGCGGUAAAGAUAAUAGGGAAAGGAGGAGAGAAAAGUCGCGCGCGUGUUUCCUCUCCUUUUAAAUUUUAUUUUUGUCGCAAGACGCAAAGCAAAUUUUAUGCAAGCGUAGCAUUUUAUGCAAGCUUUCAUCACCCUUUGAUUAACAAAAUUAUAAAGAACGUCUAUUAA